GGCUUUUUAGCGCGUGUUUUGAAAACUUGCCUUGGAAGGUAACACUCUUGCCGGAAUUGUUUCAUAGCGCCGUGACCGUUAGGGCGCUGGACUGGACCUUAAAACAUCGCGCAGAUCCACCCUCCGCCAUGGGCCGGGCUGCUCAAGGCCUUCCCCAGCCUUAAACACUGCCAGGGUUGGGGCAUUUGCAACCUCCCUGGGCAACCUGUUCCAGUGUCUCACUAGUGUCACAGUAAAGAUUUUUUUCCCAAAUACCUAACCUAAAUUUUCCCUAUUUCAACUUGUACCCAUUACUCCUUGUUCUGUCCCCACAAUUCCUGACGAAGAGUCCUUCUCCAGCCUCCCCGUAGGCCCCCUUUAGAUACUGUAAGGUUGCUAUAAGGUCUUCAUGUAACCUCCUCUUUUCCUGAACAGCACCAGCUCUCUCUGCCUUCGUAGGGGAGGUUCUCCAGUCUGCUUUUCAACUUUGUGCCCUUCCUCUAGACUUGAUGUAACAGUUCCGUGUCCUUGUUAAGUUGGGGGCACCAGAGCUGAAUGCAGCACUCCUGGUGGGGUGAGGCGGGAGGGUCUCACACGAGCAGGACAGAUGGGCAGAACCUUCGACCUGUUGGCCACGCUGUUUUUGCAGCCCUGGAUUUCACCCGUGUUAAACAGGAUGAAAGGGAUAUGUUUGCUGCACCGAAUGCCAAAGCGUUUGCCACCAUUAUCCACUUCUUCUUUGCUAAGCUGGAUAAGCGCCGUGCAGAAAUAACUUUGAAUCUGUCAAAUCCUAGAUUUGCGAACCGCUGCUGUCAGUGGCUAAGAGAAAUUUCACAGCAGAUGGAAGUAAGUUUCCCACAAAUUACACCUUCCACACUGAUUUGUCCUAGUGGUGCUAAACCUGUUCAUGUGUUGUACCGUUUUGCAAGAUACGUAAUGAUUGACAACAUGAAAAAGCUCUCUGUAGGCACUGGUUUACCUUCUGCUGAAGCUGUAACACAGAGACCUCGGAAUAUGUACAUAGCAAAAGCAAGACACAGAGUUGCAUACAAUAAACUGCUGCAAGUUCUUCAAAGGGAACAUUUUAUUUUUCAAGAAUAUAGGAGAAAAGCACAGAUUUUAUCUAGAGCAAUAAAGCGGACAAAGUCUGCAUAUGCAGAUGCGCAGAAUCAGCUUUGCAGGAUGAAGCAAAAUGACCAAAACGAAAAUGACACAACUGAGAGAAUUCAGAAGGUCCGCAGUAUGUGGGCAUUUAUAGAGGAAACGCUUACAUCUCUGAAAAAAGAAAAGGAAGUUGUGGAUUCUGUACUUGAAGACUGUGUUAACCCAUGUAUUCUGGAUGGAAGUGAUGUUGUUUUGAGUGUUCCAGCAUUGUUGACUUCCAGAGUUGAAAGUAACAUACAUACAUUUUGUACAGGAAAUUUAUAUGAAGAGGGAAAUCUGAAUUUCCUAACAGUUAUUCAGUUGUUAAAUGAAGCCCUGAUGACAUUGAGAGAUGAAUGUUGUCCACGUAAAUUAAAAGAACUGGACAGAAUUGAGGAUGUGGUUGCAUCCUACAAGAAUGCACUACGGGAGUUGAACGCUGAAAGUCUAAGAAGAAAGCAAGAGCAUUGUGAGCCAAUGCAUCAGUCUGUUGUCAGAAGACAAGAAAUCUGGGAGUCAAAGUGGAAAACGAUUCUUGGCCAGUCUCCUUUUAAUUUAAUCUUUAGAGAUGAUCUGCAACCAGCUUCAUCACUUCAGUCUUUUAGUUCUUCAGACGAAGUUGGUGUCCUUAAUCAGUUAUUUUCAGAUAAUUAUGACUAUGAUCAUGAAGAAAGCUGUGAGGAAAGUGAUGGGUCUUUGGAAGCCCCGAUCGAUGCAACAUUAGUACCCUCAAGAAGGAGCUCAUCGUUGCCGUUGUCGUCAGAGGUGUCUGAAAAUGAAGACCUGUUAAUUAAAAAUGUAUAUCUCUUUGAAAACUUGAAUACUUGUGUGGGAAAUGAAAAACCUGUGCCUGAAAAAAACUUAAAAAAUGGAAAGGAAGAAUUCCCUGCUUCAGAAAUGGAGGAGAAUGCAGGUGAAAAUGUUACCCAGCCAAAGUCUCCUGCGAAAAAAGAUUACCUUCUUGAGAAAGCCAGGGAUGAACUGGAAGGAGAGAUUGCAAAGGCGGUGAUUUCUGAGUCACCUCACAGUGGUGAAGAAAAAGGAAUGACAUUAGAUGAUCCCAGGAGCUCACUGUCUUUUAACCCAUUUAUAACGAAGAAUAAAAUACCCCGAACUCCAGAAAAUCUGCUUGCUGAAAUUAGAAGUUCGUUAAAUUCUGCCCUUCAUGAAUCUCCUGACAUUGGAAUAUUGGACGAGACGCUUCCACAGUGUGAUAGUAUGGAUACCAGCAUAUCUGCAGCCUCAGAGUCAAUUUUAUUAACAAUGGACAGUGAAAAUUUAAUGGAUGGGUCAGAAAAUAAUGAGGAUAUUAAAAAAUGGGAGUCCCUGUCCUACUCACACGAAGUGCUAAAAAAGACUGCAUCUAAGAGUCAUAAUAAUGGAGACAAAUCCCAAAGUUAUAGAGCUAAACUAAGGAUGUCCGAAGAAGGAGAGGAAAAUGAGGAUGAUCUUCUCACGGAUGAAGGAUUUACCAAGAUGCCAUUGCCAAGCUCUCCUGAUGAAAGCAAACAUUCCCUGUCAUCUUUGCUGUCAACAGAAGGAUAGUACAUGAAGUCCCAUUAGACUUACUACAUGAAUUGAAGGUAAGAAUAGUUGAGUUGGAAGUUGGGAACGAAGGAACAUUCAUCAGGAUGGAAUUUGUAAAGCAGCAUAACCAGAGCAGUGCAUUUAUGAUUCACUUGUAUCUUCUCCAAGCAUUAUCUGCAUUGGGAAGUUGCAAUCCUUUUGGUCUGCAAGGAGACUCUACUUCAGUCUCCUUGUUUAGGAGUGUCACUUGCCUGCUCUGACACUGCCAGUUUCAUAUCAUUCAGUGUGGCUUUCUAUAUACAGAACUAUAAGCUUAUUUUGAACAGCAGAUAUUGAGUAAAUGGCAUAACCUAGAAAAUGGAAAAAUGAGAUGUCAAAGGAGAAAUAGUGAAAUCUGUUAAUUUGCUCCUAAUCCACAUCUCUUACCCCAUCCCAACCCUUAACCCAACAGAUUGAUAUUUUUCUUGGUGCUCUACAUUCCAUUACAUUCAUCUCUCUUACUGAGAUUUCUGGUCUAUACUGCCAUCAAUUCUGCCUUUUGAUAGAGGCUGUUCCCUUUUUCUAUGCUUCACUGGAGUGCAUAUUUCUUUAGCUAUAUUACUGAAUAAAUGCUUUACAAUAAAUGCUUUACUACUAAAGUGUAGUAGUGUGUUUGUUAAGUUUAUUGUAUAGCUCCCCCAUUUUGUAUUGUUCCCCCCGUUUUAUGUAAAUGGUUUUGCCCUUCCCAGUUUUCCCGCCAUUGGCAUUAACUGUCAGUUAAGUUAUAUAAUUCCUCCUCCCCCUUAUUCCCUUAUAUGUUGUUUUGCGGAGAAAAGAAGAAACCUCACAACUUUAUAAAAGUUGUAAAGCUCGGUAUGUUUAUUUACGGCGCCGGACGCACGCAGAGAAAAAUUCUCUUCAAAAGGCAUGCGUACCCCUGAAAAUUUCAGACCUCCUUUUAUCCCCCUUCCAAAUGCAUAUGCAUACAGUUUCAAAAUAAGUUCACACAUAUUCAUCUUGCAUGACACUUAGCACCAAUUCUUCUUUAUCAAAGGAAUUUUUAGGUCGGGGCAAAUUGACCUUGUGGUCUUUUCUGUUUUUCUUUCUCUGUCUCCUUGCUGUCUCGGCAUUCGAGUCUUUCCUUCAGCUUUGGCCGUUUGACUUUUCACCGUUGUCAGACACUUCACCUAAUUCAGGACGGAUCCCUACUCUGUCUCAUUGUGAACUUUUUCUCCUCCCUGAGCCCAGUCAAUCACCCCUCCUAACUUUCCAGAAUCUUCUUGCUGGGAGUUGUGGUUGGCUGUGGUCCCAGGGCCCCUCCCUUACUUUGUAUUCAUUGGUUUCCCUUUUAUGUCAGUUAUGCUAAGUUCAUCCCUCCACCUUUCCUUAUUGGUUCAGUGUAAACCCCUCCUUUGUACGCCCACCCCCUUUAUAACCUCAUUUCACCCCCAUUUCGUGGUCUCUCCCUGGGGUCUCUCCCUGGUUGUCGUCUUUGGCUUCACAUUAAACCUGACUUGACCCCA